CGUGGGAUACUAUGCUGAGACAACAUCCAAACCUCCUAGAUCACGGCUGCUGUCUUUAUAUCGGGUUGGAUGUUGACAUCGCCAUGAUUGUCUCCAUGGUGGUGACCGGUGGGUCUCCUAUCGCGACUGGAUACCAUGACAUCACCACUUGCUGGAACCCAACUUGCACACGCACAACGUCCGACGAAGGAGAGCAUACACGCGACAUCCGUGGUCUCCGAUCCAAGGCAAUUGCACGAACGAGCCAUGUUUGUGGCUGUAG